CCCCUCCCCGCCGCCGCCGAGCUGGACCGCAGCGGCCCGGCGACCAUGCGCCGCCUCCCGCGGGCCCUGCUGCUGCCGCUGCCGCUCGCCCUGCUCGUGGCCGCGGGGGCCCCCGAGGCGCCGGUCAGCGCGCCAAGGAGCCUGGUGUGGGGGCCCGGGCUGCAGGCGGCCGUCGUUCUGCCCGUCCGCUAUUUCUACCUGCAGGCCGUCACCUCGGAGGGCCAAAACCUCACCCGCUCGCCCCCAGGUCAAACACUAUUCAAAGUAGUAAUCAAAUCUCUUUCACCUAAAGAGUUAGUCCGGAUUCACAUCCCUAAACCUUUGGACAGGAAUGAUGGAACAUUUUUGAUGCGAUAUAGGAUGUAUGAAACUGUCAAUGAAGGGCUGAAGAUAGAGGUCCUUUAUGGUGAUGAACAUGUGGCUCAGUCUCCCUAUAUUUUGAAAGGACCCGUGUACCAUGAAUACUGUGAGUGUCCAGAAGAGGAUCCUCAGGCCUGGCAGAAAACCCUGUCUUGUCCAACCAAGGAACCACAGAUUGCAAAAGAUUUUGCAUCUUUUCCCAGCAUCAAUCUCCAGCAGAUGCUAAAUGAAGUUCCUAAAAGGUUUGGGGAUGAGAGGGGCGCCAUUGUUCAUUACACGAUUCUCAAUAACCACAUCUACCGGAGAUCUUUAGGGAAGUACACAGACUUCAAAAUGUUCUCUGAUGAGAUUUUGCUGUCACUGGCAAGAAAGGUUCUUCUCCCAGAUUUAGAAUUUUAUGUUAAUCUUGGAGAUUGGCCCUUGGAGCAUCGAAAAGUCAAUGAAACCCCUGGCCCUUUACCUAUCAUUUCAUGGUGUGGCUCUCUGGAUUCACGAGAUGUUAUCCUCCCAACAUAUGACAUCACCCACUCCACACUUGAAGCAAUGAGAGGUGUUACAAAUGAUCUCCUUUCUAUUCAGGGAAAUACAGGGCCUUCCUGGAUCAAUAAAACAGAGAAAGCUUUCUUCAGAGGUCGAGACAGCCGAGAGGAGAGGCUCCAGUUGGUGCAGCUGGCCAAAGAAAAUCCACAGCUACUAGAUGCAGGAAUUACAGGAUAUUUCUUUUUCCAAGAGAAAGAAAAGGAGCUUGGAAAAGCUAAAUUGAUAGGUUUCUUUGAUUUCUUUAAGUACAAGUAUCAAGUGAACGUGGAUGGGACCGUGGCUGCUUAUAGAUAUCCAUAUCUCAUGCUGGGCGACAGUCUCGUUCUGAAACAGGACUCACCGUAUUAUGAACAUUUCUAUUUGGCACUAAAGCCUUGGAAACAUUAUGUUCCAAUUAAAAGAAAUCUCAGUGAUUUACUAGAGAAAGUUAAAUGGGCCAAGGAAAAUGAUGGAGAAGCCAAGAAGAUUGCCAAAGAAGGGCAGUUGACUGCUAGGGAGCUGCUACAGCCACACAGGCUGUACUGCUACUAUUACAGAGUGCUACAGAAAUAUGCUGAGCGCCAGUCCAGCAAACCAGAAAUACGUGAUGGAAUGGAACUUGUUCCUCAGCCAAAGGAUAAUGAAUCCAUCUGCCAGUGCCACAGGAAAAGGCCUUUAAGAGAGGAGCUUUAAGUCAGCCCAGAUUCACUCCUGCGUAUACCAGUGACAUCUUUAAUGGAAGUGUUCAGAUGGAAUCUAAGCCAUGAAGAACACAGCUUGGAAGACUUUAUCCAAAGGACUAGUUCUCUUGAUGGUCUUAUAUAAUGUGGAUGGACAGAGUGAUAUUAGAGCAAGUAUUACCAAGUAUCUUUGGAUAUUAAUUUCUUUUGAGUGAAAACUGCUAUUAUGAGCAUCAUAGUUUCUCUAAAAAGAAAACGUGGGGAUCGUACUAGAUAGAGAGGCUUGCCAAGAUAUAAAUCACUCUCUGUGAAACUAUUUACAUCAUAUUUAUUGAUUCAUUUCUACUUCUAGUUCACUUUCCCGCUUCCCCUUCCAAUUAUGAAGAAAAAAUAUUUGUGCAGGGCUUCCCCCCCUACCACGCCCCCACAUAAUUUCUUCUCCUAUAAGCUGCUUUUGGCAUUUAGUAAUAGCAAGCCUCCUCUAAGAAGGUCUGAUAAGAAUAAUUAAGGAAGAUGAGGAUGACUCUGUUAUUAAAGGUAGUUUGGAGACUAUCAAGGGGCUAUUUUUUUAAUGCUCACUCACAUCUUUUCAACUAUGUUUUACCAUGGCCUGCCUGAGACAAAAUUAAGUAGAAACUGUGCCGUAAGCUAGAAAUUCCCAAUCUAUCUGGGUUGGACAUCCAUCAAGGACAACACAAUUAUUAAAGUAGAUGAGAGCAUCUUAUGGGUACCAUUCAUUAUCUAUUGAAUAAAUAAAAGAUAACUAUAGUCAGGUGGGGAUCUUUAAUUCUUUUUUAAUCUUUAAAAGGGAUACUUGAAAACCUCUGCAACAAGCUGCAGGAAAGCUAGUAUCUUGGGCUUUGCUAAUAAUCUGAGAACAAAGGCAAGCAUCCAUUCCUCACCACACCCCUCUUCUAUUUUACUGCUAAGAUAAAAACUUUGGAAAUUUCCUUGCCUUUUAGGACAGGGUGAAGACUUAAGACUUAUAGCCCAGAAAUUUGUUGUACAUUGCUUGUAAUACCACCAAUCCAAGAUUCAGUUCGCUAAAGAACACACUCCAAAAACAAGAGCUAUCCACACUCCCAACCUAAAGAUAUUUACUUCCCUAAUUGAAAUAUUUACUUAAUCUGGAAAAUAAUGUAACUGCUUUAAAGUAGUUAUAUCCUUUAUUAAAGAUCAAUAAGAACACAGGAUUUUUUUUUUAACUA